CGUGUGUGUGUUGAUCCGGUAGUGGCCUCGCCGAUAACCUAGAUGAUUCAGCUCAUCAGCUAGCUACAUGUGAUCAUAUCACUUUUACUAGUGACAAAUGUUGCUGUCCUGGAUGUGUUACCGAGUACAUUGUGUUAAAAGAUUCAUCAAACCCUCAGUUUCUGCUAAAGUGAGUGACAGACAUAGUGUUGGUAUGGCCUCAGUCAAUGAAAAUGAAACAGUCAUGGAUAGACAAGCGUUGUCACGUAAUCGACCUGUUGUCGUGAUAUAUACCGCAUACAAUGAUACUGUAAUACAGCAAUUGAAGGAACGACACUCGGACAUCCCUUAUGUCUUGGUGGACGUCCAGCCACCAGGAGAGAUAAUUAAAGCAGAGGUGCUUGCGAUUCUUCAAGAAGCAGAGAUAAUAUUGAGUGAUACGAACCUUAUCCCACCAAUUUAUACCAAAUUGAAAAAGACAAAGUGGAUUCAGUCCACAUGGGCAGGUAUUGAUGAGUUCUACCAUCACCUUGAUUUCAAUGAACUGCCAACCUUCACAUUUACACGUUUUGGUCAAGGGAUAAGGGCGGCCAUGGCAGAGUACACCAUAGGCCACAUAAUCGCUCAUGAGAGAUCUUUCUUUGACUUGAAAAGCAAUCAAGAACAGAAAAUAUGGAAGCGAAUCCCGUACCGCAGUUUGGACCAGAUCACAAUUGGUAUACUAGGCGCUGGAGACAUAGGAGAGGAAAUUGCAAGAGUAUGUAAAGCUUUCAACAUGACGACGUGGGGAUUAGUCAGGCGUGACCUGCCCAAAGAAGAACGAAGUGAGCAUGUGGAUGUUUAUAAAAAGAUGGAUGGAUUAUGUGAUCUACUGGCUGAGUGUGACUACAUAUGCAGCGUGUUACCCCAAACGCCACAAACUGAUGACAUUCUCUCCAACGACGUCUUGUCCAACUGCACCAAGAAACCAAUGAUCAUUAACAUUGGAAGGGGGAAUAUCAUCAGUGAAGACGCCAUACUGAAAGCCCUAGAGAAAGGCUGGAUCUCACAUGCAGUCCUGGAUGUGUUCAGAGAGGAGCCACUCCCCAAGGAAAGUCCCCUGUGGUCAUCUUCCAAGGUGACCAUUUCACCACAUUCAGCCGGCCACACCUUCUCCAGUAAGCUCAUUACUUUACUUGAAGAGAACUAUGACCGUUACAUCAAUGGGAAACCUCUUAAGUUCAUCGUAGACUGGAAGCAAGGUUAUUGACAGAGGAAAGGUCUGGAGAAUUUCUUGUCUAUUUUGAUACCCUUUUCGGGGUUCAAGGCCAAGUCACACUGCAGUGAUAACGAACGUGAUAACGAUAACGACGCAAAGAGAACGCAUUUCUGUUGGUUGAAUUGCUCCAGGCAGAAGUCGCUCAUUACUCAUUCAACCAAUCGAGGGUGUGCAUAUUUAUCGUUCUUGUUUACGUUCUCGUUAUUGGGCCUGUGUGACUGGGUCUUAAUGGUCCUUUUUUUAUUGGCCCUGAAGGAUGAAGGAUAUUUUGAGAAGAACAAAGAAGUCAGAAAAAAAGGCCAAAUAAAUUACACGCCUGAUGCCAAAAUGUUUUGGGCUAAAAGAAUUCAAAUGUGUUUACCCGGUACAAGUUAAUUUACUUCCAUUUGUAUUCCAACAAACUAUUCAAAGAUUAUUGAAGAGUGUAAGACUAAAUAUAUUAAAGAAGAAAACAGAUUAAACACAAAUUAGUACAUGGGCUUACAUGUACGACUUUAGAAGGUAAAUAUAAGAUAUUAUACAUCUUACUAUAACAAUCUUACUUUUUUUCCCAUUCAUAAAUGCCCUUUUGUUAAAAAAAUACAAUUACAGACACUUUGACAGUUGAAAAUUUGAGGUUUGAACUAUUUUUAUCAAAAACUUUUUGAAGAGUCUGUUGUGCGUGGGUUGUGUGUAUGCGCAUGCUUUAAAAUAGAUUACGUGCGCGCGCUUAGAAGUAGAUUACGUGCUGUUACUAAUAGCUAUGAAUUGCGUUCCGCAGGAUAAUCUUGCGUGCCUGACAUGCUGAAGCCAGCCGGUUAUAAACACUUGUCAUUAUCAACCGCUUAAACACCCCCCUGUGGCGCGCUCUCCACCAAUAGGAGUUUUUAACUGUGUCAUAUUUUUAAUCAUUUGUGUAAAACGACUUAUUAAAAGACCCUUUGUUUUCAUAAAUGUUUGUGCGAUAUAAUCAUAGUAUAAUUAUUUUUGUAAUGAAUAAAAUAUGAUAUUUGGACGUUAA